GUUGACAUCUCUAUAGUCUGUAUAGAUACCUCGUUCUCUCCUUUGCUCGGUCGCCGAACUAUUCUUCUUAAGAGCGAGCCCGACUAUAUCCGAUAAUUUGGUGUUUGUUCUUCAAUUUCUACAUAUAGAAACCCUAAUCCUCGGAUCAGGUCUGCGUGUUCUCGUUGUUUGGCACUUUCCAUCAGUUUCAUGUCUGAUCUCGACAUCCAGAUACCUGCUUCUUUUGAUCCCUUUGCUGAUGCAAAAUCUGAGGAUUCUUCUGGUGCUGCUGGGUCAAAGGAGUAUGUUCACAUUCGUACACAGCAGCGGAAUGGCAGGAAAAGCUUGACAACUGUGCAGGGGUUGAAGAAAGAAUACAGCUAUAACAAGAUACUGAAGGACCUUAAGAAAGAGUUUUGCUGCAAUGGCACUGUUGUCCAGGAUCCGGAAAUGGGGCAGGUUAUUCAACUUCAAGGUGACCAGCGUAAGAACGUGUCCACCUUCCUUGUUCAGGCUGGCAUCGUGAAGAAGGACCACAUCAAAAUCCACGGUUUCUGAGCCUCGACAACUCUAAAUCCCGUACUGUUCUUGCGCCACGCAUUCACGCGUCUAUGCCAUCUAUAUGUUUGUUUAGAUCUCGUGUUUGUCGGUCUGUUUUGUGCGUGAUGAUGAACUUGUUGAACUCGAUGACAACUUGCUGUCUUGGUUGUUACUAUCGAACCUUGAAUAAAUCAGCAGUUACUUUCUCUCCUCUUUCUACUA